GUAGGAGAGGGAUAUCCUAGGAUCCUAAUAAGCCAUGGCCUCCUACUAUUCAAUAGCUGUGCUUUCCAUGCUAGCUUUUUCCGUCUCUAUGGGACAUGCACUCGAUGAAAAGAAGUUGCAAACCACCCUGUACAUAAAACAGAGACCCGCCCAAGACCAAAGGCCUCUAGGAACUGAUACCGUCGUCAUCAAUUGGCUCAUACAGGAUGGGCCUGGUGCUGCUGCGAAUACUAUCGGUCAUGCAGAGGGCCUGACUGUCCGUGCAAAUCCAGCCAAGCGUUUAUGGGCUACCAUAAUGGAUUUGGUGUUCGAGGGUGGAAGCCUCGCUGGAUCAACACUGAAAGUCAUGGGGCUUCUUGGGGGGGUGAAUGACGCACCUACUGGCCAGUGGAGUGUUAUGGGGGGCACAGGAGAACUUACAAUAGCACGAGGGAUUAUAAAUUACAGAAUAAUCCAAGAAGACGGUGCGAGCAGGACCUUUGAAAUAUGCAUAUAUGUGUACUACACUCCAAAGGAAACCAUUCCGGCUUUGGGUUGUAUUGCCUCAAGCCUUGAGCUUCCGACAAACAAGUAGAUCAUUCUUGUUAUGUGUGCCGAGGCGAGAAGACGACUGGAUUUACAAUCUAUUUAUAGUUUGAUCCUAAAUAAAUGCUCGCCUUGUAUUAUGAAUUACAAACUACACCGUACCUUUGUAUUCCAGGGAAGGUUCCUGCUCUAUCCAUCUCGUGCUCUUAUAUAUUGUCUCAACAGAUCUUACCGUCAAUAA